UGCUGACUGCCAGUGCCUUUGUUAAAUGUUUCUGCUUCACGUGGAGAUGACUGUGACAGUCCCCAGGAGCCCUGGGACUGUGGCUGGAAUUGUGAUGUUUAUUUGCAUGGUCCUGAGGACUCCCAUGGCUCACCAUAGAGAUGCUCCAAAGGAUUUCGUGUACCAAUUUAAGGGCAUGUGCUACUUCACCAAUGGGACCGAGCGUGUCCGGCUCAUGGCCAGACAAAUCUACAACCAGGAGGAGACUCUGCACUUCGACAGCGACGUGGGGAAGUUUGUGGCUGUGACAGAGCUGGGGCGGCUGAAUGCUCAGAGCUGGAACAGCCAGAAGGACCUCCUGGCAGAGUAUCGGGCCCUGGUGGACACACUGUGCAGACACAAUUAUAAGGAGACUGCUCACUUCACUGUGCAGCGGAGAGUGGCGCCCACAGUGACCAUCUCCCCAGCCAAGACAGAGGCCCUAAACCACCAUAACCUGCUGGUCUGCUUGGUGACAAAUUUCUAUCCUCGUCGAAUUAAAGUCAGAUGGUUCCGGAACAAACAGGAGGAGACAGCUGGAGUUGUGUCCACGCCUCUUAUUCAGAAUGGGGACUGGACCUACCAGGUUCUUGUGAUGCUAGAAGUAACACCACAGCGUGGAGACAUCUACACCUGCCACGUGGAGCACCCCAGCCUCCAGAGCCCCAUCAUAGUGGAGUGGCAGGCACAGUCUGAAUCUGCCCAGAGCAAGAUGCUGAGUGGAACUGGGGGUUUUGUGCUGGGGCUGGUCUUCCUUGGCCUGGGCUUUAUCAUCCACCUUUGGGAUAAGAAAGAACAUCCUGAGGGCCCACCCGCAGGGCUUGUGCAGUGACCCAAACAUUCUUCUUCCUGGAAUCUGUCACCUCUGUUUUUUGGUCAUAUCCUGCCAUCACCCUUGUCUAUGGUUCCCAGCCUCCCCUCUAUCAGGCCUGGAGCAAGCCACCUCUGCCAGCUGUCGCCUAUAGCGGUCCUGCUCCCACAGUGACGAGAAGCAGCUGCCAGGGCUUCCUUUUGUCCUUGGCUGUCCUGCACUUCUGCCUGUGACUGAUUUGCAGCCUGGUGCUGGAGGCACUGCUCCCGGGGCUGCCAGUGGGUCUGUUUGCACCAUAAGUAUUUUCAGCAGGCGUUUGAGGUUUUGUUCUCUUUCUGAAGACGGCCCAGGAACUAAAUGUCAAACUCUUAUCUUUCAAUAAUAUGUUAUCAAAAUUAAAUCGAUUUUUGAAUCA